UACAUUAUGUCAUUCGAUAUUUUAGCCAAUCGAGUUGAAGGAAAUAAUAAAAGUAUCAAAAGUGUCCAAGCCCAAAAUAAAUUCUAGCUCUAAUGCACAUUUCCUAAAUUCCCGUUUUCCCAUUUUUCCAAGUCCAUUUCGUUUCUCACAAUUAGCCCAAUUUCGAUUGGACCCGGAUUUUGUUCAGUGGGAGCGGGUCAGGUCGGUCUAAAAUAUCAUCCCGUCUUCUGAUUUUGAAACUUCCGAAUCUCCGCCAUGGCUACCAAGCUUGUGACGAGGCGUCACCAAACGCUAAUCAACCUCUUCCAGACUAGACUUCACCGUAUGGGAAACGCUAUGUCUACUCAUUCUCCUCCAUUCACAAGAUCCCAGUCCCUCCUUCAGUCGCGGCGUUAUUCAGAAACUUCUCAGGAAACGAAAAUCGAUCCUUCAUCGGCCUCAUCCAAUGCUAGAUCUGUUUCCAGCUCUCUCAAUGAAUCUGAACUUGCCAAGUUCUCCGCCAUUGCUGAAACCUGGUGGGACUCGGAAGGGCCAUUUAAGCCACUGCAUAAGAUGAAUCCCACAAGACUUGCUUUUAUCAGGUCCACACUUUGUCGACAUUUCGGGAAGGAUCCUUAUUCUCCCAAACCUUUUGAAGGACUCAAAUUUGUGGAUGUUGGAUGUGGAGGUGGGAUUUUAUCUGAGCCUCUUGCUCGAAUGGGGGCUACUGUAAUGGGAAUUGAUGCUGUUGAUAAGAACAUCAAGAUUGCACGCCUCCAUGCGGAUUUGGAUCCAACAACUUCAUCAAUUGACUAUCGUUGCACAACCGCUGUCAAACCACCCAAGUGUGUAUAUCUUCAGAAGGUGAUGUAAUUGCCAAUUAUGUGGCCAGAAAAUUUGGUUGAAGAACAGAUGCAGUUUGAUGCUGUAAUUGCUCUAGAGGUGAUAGAACAUGUAGCUGAUCCUGCUGACUUUUGCAAAUCCUUAUCAGAGUUGACAGUUGAUAGUGGUGCUACAGUGAUAUCAACAAUUAAUCGUACAAUGAGGGCUUAUGCAACUGCCAUAGUUGCAGCUGAGUAUAUCUUACAUUGGCUUCCUAAAGGUACUCAUCAGUGGUCAAGCUUUCUUACACCAGAAGAACUGGUUCUUAUUCUUCAGCGCUGCUCUAUAUCGGUCCAAGAGAUGGGUGGCUUUACGUACAACCCUCUAACAGAGCGUUGGUCAAUAUCGGAUGAUAUCGGUGUGAAUUUUAUCGUAUGUGGCACCAAAAACCCUCUCAAAAAUAUAGAGAAGAAAAUCCAAAUUGUGUAGUUGAAACUGUGAAAGGGAAAAGUAACCUUUAUUUAGUGAGGUAUAUAAUGAUAAUUUUGCAGGAUUUGUUGAAACCUCUUGUGGUGUUCAACUUGUGUGUUACUCUCAUCUUGGAUGUUGUUCCUGUGAUUU